UAAGCUUCAUGGAGAUCAAGACAACCUCCUCACUUCACAAACAUUCAUAUCUCCUACAUUUUUCUCUCGUUUUCUCUCGUGCUCAAAGUUCUUUUGUUUUUCGGGGCAAUGAAUUCAGUGGACAGCUUGGCGGCAGGCAGGCCAGUGGUGAUCUUCAGCAAGGGGUCUUGCUGCAUGUGCCACACUAUCAAGACCCUCAUUAGCAGUUUUGGGGCAAACCCGAUGGUUUAUGAGCUCGACGAGCUUCCCAAUGGGCAACAGCUAGAACGAGCACUGACAGCAUUGGGGCAAAGGCCAAGCGUACCGGCUGUAUAUAUAGGGGAAGAAUUGGUCGGGGGAGCAAACGAGGUCAUGAGCCUCCACCUCAAGGGAAAGUUAGUCCCAUUGCUCAAGAAGGCAAAAGCCAUAUGGGUAUAGGUAUAGCCUCCCUCCUAUAUGGUAUCGGGUGAACAUAACGAAGCUCUGAAUGACUGUCGGUGGUAAUCUGGCUUUAGCAGUUCCAACGAGAACAUGUCAUUGAGAAUAUUUUAUGUAACAUAAUCAAUGACUGCUCGAGUUCUCUACGUUUGAAUUAUGUAUUACGUCUGUUAAUAAUGUGAGAGCUCAUAUUUAAAUGACAUUUGAACAGA